AUGUAUUCCGGCCGACUGAAUCUCAUCCUAUGGGGCUUUCACCUAUCCGUCGCUGUCAGUAGCGCCGUGAGCCAUCGCGGGAAGCCCAUAGUGAUUGACACCGACAUCUUCUCCGAUGUUGAUGAUGUCGGUGCUCUAGCCGUGGCUAACGUGCUGCAUAACUAUGGACUCGCGGACUUGCGCGGAGUUGCUGUCAAUACAAAUUCAUCAUAUGGCGCAUUAACUGUUAGUGCUAUAAAUACGUAUUUUGGAAAUGGGAAUAUUCCGAUCGCGACUAUCCGCCCGUUAACCGACGAUACAUUUUUCGAUACCCAAGGUUUUGUUUUAGGUGAAUACGCUGCUAAGGUAGCUUACAACUGGCCCCGCGCCCUGAAUAUUACUUCCUCGACACCGAGUCCGGUGGAAUUGUAUCGCUCGGUUCUAUCAUCGUCGGAGGAUCAAAGUAUAACAUUGAUCUCGGUAGGCUUUUUAACUAAUCUUGCUGCUCUAUUGGACAGCCCCCCUGAUGAUGUCACGUCUCUUGCGGGCCCGGAUCUCAUAUCCGCCAAGGUCAAAGAGUUGGUCGUAAUGGGUGGACAAUACCCCUCCGGUUGGGAGUUCAAUUUUGGUGGUUCUGACCCCGCGGCGACGUAUCACGUCGUAAAUAAUUGGCCGCGAAACAUACCUAUCACCUAUUCCGGCGCUGAGCUUGGCGGUAACAUCUUUUCAGGCGAAGGGCUAGGAAAUUACGCACCGCCCGAAUCUCCCAUACUCGCGGCCUACCAAUGGUACGUAGGCCGAUGUAGCACCAUUCGCGAAUCCUGGGAUCCAGUCACCACGCUAUACGGCAUACUGGGACUUGAGGGUUCGCCAGAGUUAGGGGUUGGGGGGCUCCUUUCUUACGCAAAUGAAAUUGGUUACAACAAAGCCUUGGCUAACGGCUCGAAUACUUGGGUGAAUGAUUCCGCUGUCUCUAAUCAACAUUGGUUGAAACUCGCGGAUGGGGUGGCAAAUACCAGCGUUGCGUCGGUGUUAACUCGAUUCUUCGCUCACGAUCCUUCGAAUAAGAGUUACCCUCCUCCAGCAUCACGGGACCUGCUAAGAUUCACAUAA